CAAAUCCUCCCCCUCUCCGGCUCCGCCAGCGGCACCGUAACCUCCACCUUCGGCCCCUCCUCCUCAUCCUCCUCCAACUCCUCCCUCUCCAUCCUCCCCCAACUCUUCCUCACCCUCCGCGGUUCCUCCCUCGUCAUCCACACCUCCACCCUCUCCAACGCCACAGCCAACAUCACGCUCUCCGCCUCGCCGUCCGGGACGACGAUCAGCACGACGGUGGAUACGAGCGUGGGGAGUAUUAGUGCGGUGGGGUUACCGGAGGAUGAAGAGUUGACUUUGAGUUUGAUUUUUGUU